GGAAGCGACCUUGCAUGAGAGGAAACACACGAGCAAAUUUAUUUUGUAUAACCUGGAAGCCGCUUCAUAUGACAUUUGCUUUCCUACUCCGAACAUAAUGAAUAAAUAUAUACUGCCUGUAUCGGUGGUGGGGACAGUAGUUGGAUGUGGUGUUCUGUUAAAGGAUUACGUUACUGGUGGCACUUGUCCAAGUAAAGCCAAGAUCAAAGGGAAGACUGUUGUCAUCACCGGCGCAAAUACAGGAUUAGGAAAAGAGACUGCUAGGGAACUGGCCAAGAGAGGGGGAAGGAUUAUUAUGGGAUGUCGGGACAUGGUGAAGUGCGAGGCGGCCGCCAGGGAGAUCCGCGGACAGACGCUGAACAGCCACGUGCACGCCCGCCAUAUUGACCUGGCCUCCAUCAAGUCCAUCCGCGAAUUCGCAGACAGGAUCAACCAGGAGGAAGAGCAUGUGGAUAUACUGAUAAACAACGCAGGGGUAAUGAGGUGUCCAAACUGGAAGACUGAGGAUGGCUUUGAAAUGCAGUUUGGGGUGAACCACUUGGGCCACUUCCUGUUGACGAACCUGCUGCUGGAGAAGCUGAAGAGCUCCGCCCCCAGCCGGGUCAUAAACCUGUCCUCGCUGGCGCACAUCAUGGGCGAGAUGGACUUCAACGACCUCAACUGGGAGAGGAAGAAGUACGACACCAAGCAGGCCUACUGCCAGAGCAAACUGGCCAAUGUGCUGUUCACCAGGGAACUGGCCAACAGGCUGCAAGGUUCUGGGGUGACGGUGAACGCGCUGCACCCCGGGGUGGUGGCUACAGAAUUGGGGAGACACACAGGCUUACACAAGUCCGCAUUCUCCAGCUCAGUCCUCAACCCAUUCUUCUCCCUGCUGGUGAAGACUCCCCAGCAGGGGGCGCAGCCCAGCGUGUUCCUGGCGGUGGCGGAGGAGCUGGAGGGCGUGUCGGGGCGUUACUACGACGUCCUGCGGGAGAAGGAGGCGGCGCCGCGGGCGCUGGACGAGGACGCCGCCCGCAGGCUGUGGGAGGUCAGCGCGACGCUGGUGGAGCUGGAGCGGACAGAGGCCACGCCCACCGAGGAGACCGCGCGCCAGGCCACGCCCCCUCCCCAAAAACACCACCCCGCGCCUCUCCCGACAGUCCCCCAGCAGGCCUGAACUCCACCCCAGGACUGAACAGAGAAAUGCCUGGGAAAGUGCCAGAACAGUAUGGAGUUAUAAAAAUAUUAGCCUCACUUAUCAGGUUCAUAACCUUAUGAGUCUGACUUGGCUGCUCAUAACUGUAUGACCAGAUUGAUGCUCUAAUGCGAGGGAGUAGGUCCACCCAGCCUCCGUGGAUGUGCUAUGCCAGACCAGUGGUCAGCUACUUCUGACAAAUCGGACAGAUCUUGUGCAGGCGGGAGGUACAGGUGGAGCCUGUCGAUUCAAGCUGACUCAACCACUGACCGAUUAUAAUACGCUGGCUAAAGCUACCCUGGAGCUCAGAGUAUGAAAUCGUGGGCCUCGAUAAAAUGGAGGAAAGCUUGCUUUUUCUUCAGGUUUGGCUCUUAUAAUGGAAAUGACACCGCAUACCAAGCAAGGCCUUGCCUGAAUGGAAAGGUUUGAGCUUACUUGUAGAACACAGUUAAUCUACGAUGGAUAACAAGCUUCCAAAUAAUUGGUACCUUUUGCGUAUUGGAAACGGUUGUUGAUCUUGGUUUGUUAAACUGCCCUUUUCAAUUUGUGCCUUCUGCUAAAUAUGUAAAUAAUGCUUGUCAAAUAUAUGAAAGCGUAUGGAAUAUGCAUCUGUUUGUGUCAUUAUCUCGGUUUUGUGUGGCUGUCUUCUCCGCGCUGAUGUUUCAGUGACCCCACACUUUCAAAGGAAAGCAGGCAGUAAUACUGUAUGUAAAACCAACAGAUUUUUUAUUUUACAGUAUAUACAUUACGCUUUGCAAUAUGAAAAUGUUAUAAUGCUGAAAUAAUGAAAAGAAAUGUUUUCUUUUUUUUAGUUCAGGGAAAAAACCCAAUGGAAGAAUUCUACAGUGGAGGAAAGGGAAACUCUUUAUUCACCGGCAGAAACUGCUGGUGCCUUUUUCAUCAUUGCACGAGGUAGACACCCAAAUUAUUUUGGCCAUUACUUAACGGAACACGAAAAAAAUUUUGGCAUAACGUUUUAAAAGCAAAAGUAAGAUCGUGUAAGCAAGGGAAUGUUCUUCUUAGGUUUGAAUAUCCAACUGCCGACGUUAUGGCCGACACCGAGAAAGUACUACCAUAGUUAAGACAAGUGUUAUUCAAUAGUACCACUGGACAACGGAUCUACGGUUAUAGCUCGUUUGGAAUAGUGUGUUAUUUUUCAGCUUCGUAAGCACAGUUUCAUCUCACUUCAUGUCAGUAACAACAAGACUGCUGUGUGUUUUUGUAAACCGGAGCGACAGAACUCCAGUCACAGCAUUUAGCACAGAACGCAUAUCGAUGUGUAUACUCAAACAGCGAUGCAAUGCAUGUGCACACGUACUUAUCAGACCUGGGUCAAAUACGCAUUUGUUUUGGAUUCAAAUACUUUUCUACGCUUUACUGAUCUUGUCUGGUGUAUGGAACCAAUGAAAUACUCUCAAAAAGUGCAAACCCCGCCUUCUUGCCAUAUUGUGGCAGGCUCAAUUACACCAGGCAAGAUCAAUAGAGCACAGAAAAGUAUUUGA